GGAAAAUCCCUAAAAACCAAUAUUUGUAAAAACUUCUUCUUCUUCUUCCUCCGCUGUGAAAGAAUCCACACUUCCUUCUCGACAAUCUCUCUCCUUCUCUGACUCGCCGGACUCAGUCCACUCGCCGCCCUAUUCUGCUCCUUCCCAUCACUUACAAGGGUUAGAUAUCAUGGCAGCAGAAGAGGAAAAUAACCCUUUACCAACUCCAAUGGAAUCAUCUUCUCCAAUUCUUGAUGAUCAGUCUCUAAUAUCUGCUGCAAAUACCAUUCCAUUUCAGCCAGUCCUCCCUAUUAUUCCACCAGGAAUCCCACCCCCAAUUGUGCCUCCAGUUGUUCUUCCCAUGGUUCCUGCAAUGGCUCCAAUUCCUACGGUUCCAGCUCCCUCCAUUCUUCGCCCAUUAGCACCUUUACCAGCCCGCCCUCCUGUUAUUAGGCCCCCAGUACCACAAAAUGGUGAGGUUGUAACGAGUGACUCAGAUUCAGAUGAUGAAUCAGGCCCUUCCCGCUCUGCUCCUGGUUCAACUCUGGAGUAUGAGAUAUCGGAGGAGAGUAGACAAAUAAGAGAACGACACGAAAAAGCAAUGCAAGAACUGAUGAUGAAGCGGCGUGCUUCUGCCCUUGCAGUUCCUACCAAUGAUGCAUCUGUUCGUGCACGUCUACGUCGGCUUGGCGAGCCCAUUACACUUUUUGGAGAAAGAGAAAUGGAAAGACGGGAUAGGCUGAGAAUGAUAAUGGCAAAGUUAGAUGCUGAAGGGCAGCUGGAGAAGCUGAUGAAAGCUCACGAGGAAGAGGAGGCUGCAGCUUCAGCUGCAACGGAAGAUACUGAAGAAGAAAUGCUUCAGUACCCUUUUUACACUGAAGGAUCCAAAGCACUUUUGGAUGCUAGAAUUGAUAUUGCAAAGUAUUCAAUAGUAAGAGCAGCCUCACGUCUUCAACGUGCACGGAGGAGAAGAGAAGAUCCUGAUGAGGACGUGGAUGCAGAGAUGGAUUGGGUUUUAAAUCAGGCAAGGACCUUAGCCCUUGAUUGCAGUGAGAUUGGGGAUGACCGUCCACUUUCUGGUUGCUCCUUCUCACAAGAUGGAAAACUACUUGCCACCUGUGCUUUAAGUGGAGUUGCUAAGCUGUGGAGCAUGCCUCAAGUGAAAAAGGUUGCCACCUUAAAGGGACACACAGAGCGACUAACCGAUGUCACAUUUUCUCCAACGGACAAUAUUCUAGCAACUGCUUCUGCUGACCGGACUGCAAAGCUGUGGAACACUGACGGAACUCUCUUGAAAACAUUCAAGGGCCAUCUAGACCGUCUUGCACGUAUCAAUUUCCAUCCAUCUGGAAAGUACUUGGGCACAACUAGCUUUGAUAAGACGUGGAGAUUGUGGGAUGUCGAUACUGGUGUGGAAUUGCUUCUUCAAGAAGGCCAUAGCAGAAGUGUCUACGGACUAGCCUUUAAUCAAGAUGGAUCAUUAGCUGCUUCUUGUGGUCUGGAUUCCCUUGCACGUGUUUGGGAUCUCAGAACUGGCCGAAGUAUUCUUGCCUUGGAAGGCCAUGUUAAGCCAGUUCUUGCCUUAAGUUUCUCAGGAAAUGGCUAUUAUUUAGCAUCAGGGGGAGAAGAUAACACAUGUCGCAUAUGGGAUUUAAGAAAGAAAAAAUCAUUGUACACCAUUCCAGCCCACUCGAACCUCAUUUCUCAGGUCAAAUUCGAGCCUCAAGAAGGAUACUUUCUGGUAACGGCCUCAUAUGAUACGACAGCCAAGAUUUGGUCAGCACGAGAUUUUAAGCCUGUGAAAACACUUUCUGGACACGAAGCUAAGGUUACUUCGUUAGAUGUAUCAGGAGAUGGAAAUUGCAUUGCUACCGUGUCACAUGACCGAACAAUCAAGCUUUGGUCGAGCAGUGGUACCGAAGAGGAAAAUCGCCAUGAAAUGGAGCUUGACUAGAUAUCAAAUAUUUUGAACUAGUUAUGAAAUUUCGGGUUAGUCCAAAGCAUUGAAGAGUGGAGUUUUGACUCAAGAACAACAUUUUAGAGACGUGAAAAUCGAUCGUGCCUGGUAGGACGAUUCUUAUCUCUAUCUGAUGUUGAGUUAGUGAGUUACUCUUCUCAUUUUAGCUACUAAUACAGACCAAAUGGAUUUUAACACCAAUUUUUCUAUGGUGACAAACAAGUACAAGUAGUUCCUCUGUUUUAGAUCAAGAGAUUGUGAAGUAAAAAAGAAAAAAGCUGUGCAAUUUGUUGGUAUCUUUUCUUAUAAAUUUAAUUUAUGUACUGAUUAUUAUGUGUAUCUCUAAUUGAUUUGGUAAUCAAAGAAGAACUAAUGAAACAUUUCUGAUUUAAAUGGAAAUAAUUUCCUAGUA